AUGUCGCAACCAUCUGCGCCUACGCCUUCAGCGCAUCGCGCAUCGCGCUCCAUCCCUUUCACACCCGGCCGUCCAGCGGCGCACCGUAGCGCGGCGAUGAGUGCCAAGCAGUACGAUCGAUACUUGCGUCGCUUGUCGGCCGUGCAGCAAUCAACUCGUCGCGCUAUGCGGUCUCACGCAGACGAGACGCUCGAAGAAGAAAAUGGGACAGGCACAUGGGCACUCGACGCGUCAGAUGCGACACCAGUGGCUCGUACGCCGCAUGAACGUGCAAAGCCCUUGCCGCCUGUCAUUCGUCAACUGGAACGGCCUACGUCGUAUACCGAGGCACGUCCAGCCGUCGCACAUACGCAUGCGCCGGAGUCAUAUUUGAACGAAGCCUCGUUUGUGCUCAAUCCCUUGAGUGGUCGCCUUCCUACGCUCAGCCCACGCAAACUCCAGCGCCCUCGCGUCUACGAUGUGGACGAAGGGCCCACAACGCCCGCAGCACCUACAUCUCCCACACGCUGCAUUGCUCUGGCCUCCAUUGAUACGACGCUGCAAGAUGUCGUCCUUGUGGAAGAUUUGCUCUACGUCCUGGUCGGCAUUGAAGGCAACUAUGUCCAGUUCGCCCCGGACUACAAACCUGAAGACCUUGGGCAUAGGCUGAAUGGCGCGCGCUUCGUGCUCGAUGCAGCCCUGGAUCCGUCGUUGCGUGAGAUGGUCGAGCGCAUUUUACCGCUGGCCAGCUAUUAUACCUCGAUUUACACGUUUGUCGAAUGCGAGUCGGGCCUCGAGUACGGUACGGUGAUGCAUGCGCUGUGCGCAGCAAUCCGCCAGCAGCUGCAGUCGUAUGAAGAGCUGGUCGCGCAUAUGGAAGAGCGAUUCCUUCGAUCGCCCGAUUUCACAUUGCAGCAGCUGUGGCUCGCGAUGCAUCCCAUGCUCCGUACUUUCAGCCUGAUCCAUGCCCUGACCUCGGAGAUCGCUAGCAUCACGCAUGCCGAUGUACUGCCACGCGACGAAGAAGAGGCAGCGUCAGAAGGCGAUGCAUCCGACGAGAGCCUCGAGAGCGAUACGUCGCAGCUGGAGCGGGAUCGACGUGCACUCCUGGGCCUCGACGAUGGCUUGGAGGACGAUAUUAUCGGCGGGAUCGUCAAGGGCGGUGAGGUUCUAUCUAUGCUCUGGGACCGACUUACGCAGCUGGGCGGUGAUCCCAACGCGCAUGCGCUGUACUUGGAACUGUUCCGCGAAGCGUCGCAGCCAUAUGCACGAACACUCCUGCGUUGGAUUACCAGCGGCGUACUUCUUGAUCCGUACGAAGAGUUUAUGGUCGUCGAAGAUGCACGCGUCACUCGCGCCUCCCUGGAAUCGGACCCCACGGAUGAGUACUGGGAGCGGCGGUACAUGUUGCGGGACGAGCGAUACUUUGCGCAGCGUGAGCAGCUGGCGCGGGACGGAGAGCCUGUCGACGAGCAAGUAGACGAGGCUAGAGGCGCACUCACAGGCGGUGCCAAGAUCCCUGCGUUCCUCGAGGCGUGGAAGCACAAGAUCCUUCUGGCCGGUAAGUACCUGAAUGCGAUUCGCGAGUGUGGACUUGACGUGUCCAACGUCGAGUCAGAACGUGUACAUGCGCUCUUUGGAUCGCAAGAUGCACAUGUCGAGUCGUACUUGGCCAUGGACGCGAAGCUGGAACGUGUCGUGAUGGACGACGAUGCGUUUUCGACUUGCAUUGAGCUGGCGUACCAACGAGCGAAUGCAGCAUUGUUGAGUCUCUUGAAGAAGGACAAGGACAUCAUCGCACGCUUGUGCUCCCUGAAACACUAUUUCUUCUUUGCUCAGGCCGAUUUCCUGCAAACGUUUUUGGACCAAUCACAGCAUGAACUGCGCAAGCUGGUCGACCCACAGCGGAUACGCGAGACGACGCUCCUCCGGCUUCAGACGCAGCUGGAUAUGGCUCUGGGCAGUUCAGAUAGCGUCGGGUUCCUCGAUCCGUAUCGAGAGGAACUGCGCGUCGACUUGGCCAAGGAGCGGGCGUACGAUCAGCUGCAGCGUAUUGCGGAUACGAAGGGCGUCGUGGAAGUCGCCAAGCUACGGGCCAAACAGCUUGCAGAGCGGCAGCAGCACGGCACACGCGAAGUGGCCAUGUACCUCUUGCAGUUUGACGUGCAUGUCCAGUUCCCUGUAUCGCUGGUCAUUUCGAAGAAAAACAUAUUGCGUUGGCAGUUCCUUCAUCGGUGCCUCUUGCUCCUCAAACUGCUCGAGCGAGCCCUCACCGAAGUCUGGGUCGACCAAACGCUGCCUGCCUGGCGACGCAAGGACCGCCGACCCUACGCGGCACCGCUCGAGCAGUGGAAAAUGCGUAUUCACCUACUACGUCAACGUAUGCUGCUGCUGGUCCAGCAGCUUCUCGCGUUUUAUACCACGGAAAUCCUCGAGCCUAACUGGCACGAUUUGAUGGCCAAGUUGGAGCGUGCGCGCUCUGUUGACCAAUUCAUGAAGCAUCACUUCGACUUCUUAAAUACAUGCCGCAAGGAAUGUAUGCUAACGGACUAUCGCUACUUGGAAUGUCAUCGCAAACUAAUGAAUACGAUUACUGCGUUCACGGAGAGUCGCAUACGAUUGGCGGAGCAGUACGAGAGAAUACAGGCCGCUGUGGAUACCUGGUACGAGCAGAACGAAGCUGCAUCUGCACCACCUCCGCCUGUGCUACCGGAGAACGAUGUCCUGACAAAGAUUGAGGCGAGUUGGCACAAGCACGCACGGACCUUCCGUGACGUGGUCAAUUUCCUAUCAACCACAGACAAUCCAGCGGCGCUCCCGUUGGCGUACCGUCUACAAACAUGGCUACAGUCGUAG